UGCAAGGCUCCAAAAUGGUGUUUCAGGGCCGGCCAGAAUUGUCGGGGCUAUUUUUACAGCUGACCGAACCUGCCAGGGCCCAGUUUCGGGCCCUCAGACCGCCCUUAAAUCCGUGGCAUCUGCCGUCGUAUCCUUCAGCAGCUAUUUCCCCCAACCACUACUCAUUACCAUAGCUAAUCUAUCCCCCAAGAAACGUGACCGAACCAAGGAGAACCUCGAUAGAUAAUGCAAGGGAGCCGCGGAGCGAUUAAUAAGAUAAGUAAGAAGUAUAGCCCUCGCGCCUACGUACAGGUGUACUGGAAGGGGCGGCACUACGAGUACACAUCCCACGACGAGACUCGCUGGCCGAGGACAAGGGAUGACCUAGAAAUCAUCUACCCCUUGAUCACUCAAUGGACUCCAGCAACAUUCGUGAAACGACCGCCAUUAAGCUCUAACUUGAAAGCCACGCCGGCGUCGCUAGGGAAGCCGCUCGAAUCAGCGGGAGAGCAGCCAAUGGAGCCAAAACUAGCUAAGGAUAGAUGGACUGCGAGGGAUUGAUAGCAUGAGAGGGGGACUUGGAGACGGCGUUCUGGAUGGGCGAAGGAAGUGGCAGGGCCGCGGGGCAUGUACUACGAAUAUUCCUGCUGUGCUCCUUGCAGUCCC